AGUGCGCGGGAUGACGUCACGAAAGUUAUAUAUAGCAGUGGUGGCGCACCUUCGAAAUCAUUCGAGAUCGCGAGAGCACCAGUGACGGUUCUUGGGAUCUUGCAGCUCCUCGUUCCUCCACACUAACCUUAUAAUAUUGCAACAAAAUGCUGUGAAUAUUGCAACUAGGCCCACUAAAAGCAUUUUAAGAACUGCUUACUUGUCUGACGUUACAGUUGCUGUCGUACAGAGAUGGUUAGGCGUGAGUGCAUCUCCGUCCAUGUUGGCCAGGCUGGUACCCAGAUGGGCAAUGCCUGCUGGGAAUUAUACUGCCUUGAGCAUGGCAUCCAGCCUGAUGGUCAGAUGCCUUCGGACAAAACCAUUGGAGGUGGUGAUGACUCUUUCAAUACCUUCUUCAGUGAAACUGGUUCAGGAAAGCAUGUACCCAGAGCAGUGUUUGUCGAUCUGGAACCCACUGUGAUUGAUGAAAUCAGAACCGGGGUUUACCGUCAGUUAUUCCACCCUGAACAACUCAUUACUGGCAAGGAAGAUGCUGCUAACAACUAUGCAAGAGGACAUUACACUAUUGGAAAGGAAAUUGUUGACUUGGUCUUGGACAGGAUUAGAAAGUUGGCUGACAAUUGCACUGGUCUUCAAGGUUUCCUCAUCUUCCACUCCUUUGGUGGUGGCACUGGGUCUGGCUUUACCUCACUGUUGAUGGAAAGGUUGUCUGUUGAUUAUGGCAAGAAGAGCAAACUGGAAUUCGCUAUUUACCCUGCCCCACAAGUUGCCACUGCUGUUGUUGAACCAUACAACUCUAUUCUUACUACACACACCACCCUAGAGCACUCUGAUUGUGCCUUCAUGGUUGACAACGAAGCCAUCUACGAUAUCUGCCGCAGGAAUUUGGACAUUGAAAGACCCACCUACACCAACUUGAACCGUCUCAUUGGCCAAAUUGUAUCCUCAAUCACUGCAUCUCUUAGGUUUGAUGGUGCCCUCAAUGUUGACUUAACAGAGUUCCAGACCAACCUGGUGCCUUAUCCCAGAAUCCACUUCCCCCUCGUAACUUACGCUCCAGUUAUUUCAGCUGAGAAGGCUUACCAUGAACAACUGUCUGUAUCAGAGAUUACAAAUGCCUGUUUCGAGCCUGCUAACCAGAUGGUGAAAUGUGAUCCUCGCCACGGCAAGUAUAUGGCCUGUUGUCUGCUGUACCGUGGUGAUGUUGUACCAAAGGAUGUCAAUGCUGCCAUUGCAACAAUCAAAACAAAGCGUUCAAUCCAGUUUGUAGACUGGUGUCCAACUGGUUUCAAGGUUGGUAUCAACUACCAGCCUCCAACUGUUGUGCCAGGUGGUGAUUUGGCCAAGGUGUCAAGGGCUGUGUGCAUGUUGUCUAACACCACUGCCAUUGCUGAGGCUUGGGCCAGAUUGGAUCAUAAGUUUGACUUGAUGUAUGCCAAGCGUGCCUUUGUCCACUGGUAUGUUGGAGAGGGUAUGGAAGAGGGAGAGUUCACCGAAGCCCGUGAAGAUCUUGCAGCUUUGGAGAAGGAUUAUGAGGAAGUUGGUGUUGAUUCUGCUGAUGCAGAAGGUGAAGCUGAAGGUGACGAAUACUAGAAAGUAUAUUUAUUCCUUCCUUGUCUGUCUUUUUUUACAUUAACUUUUUGUUAAUCUAUUCAUGUGAAGGAUAAUUAUCUUGGUUUCUCAAGAGAUUGGUCCUCAAAAAAUCUCAUUCCAGGCAACCUAUGUGAGUUACGAAAAUUUUAUUUUAUUUUUUCACAGUUAAUAAAUUUCAAAAAUCUA